GUGAGUGAGUUGAAAAAUAGAGGAAAAUUGAAAUUGGGUUGUCAUUGGGAAACAUAAACAUGCAAAUUUUGUUUCUCUCUCAUACAGUCAUACUGUAAUUUCCACCAAUUGUUUAAGUUAAUUGGAAGAUUCCCGAAAAAUGCUUUGCUUUGGUUGUUAAUGAAGAAUUUACGAGGGGGCUUAAAUUUAAUUUAAUUAAUUUCUUGAAAAAGGGUCAGUGACUCAGUGAGUGAGUGAGUUACUAUGCAAACACCAGUUUCACCAUUUAAAAAAUGUCCCCUUUUCUCAGUUUCUGACGCAUCUUCCCACAUUUUAUCGUACUCUUAGGAGAGAGAAAAUAACCCCCCAAAACCAAAACCAAAACCAAAACCAUGUAGUAGUAAUAACCGCAACUUCAAUCGCUUCGAUAUCAGAUCUGUAAUUAGUUUCUUUUUUAAAAAAUUUUAAUCGUAUUUUUAGCUCGAAGCGAUCACCUGUUUACCUCUGCUUUAAAUCAGUUUUCUCAGAUUUUGAGCUCAACACCAUUUACCAUUUACCAUUACCUCUGUUUAAAAUUAGUUUUCACAGAUUCUGAGAGCUCAAUGAUCACCUCUAGUGGUGAAUGUAAAAUCAUUUUCUUCUCGAAAGCGAUAACCUUUGUUUGAAAUUAGUUUUCUCUGAUUUUGAACUCGAAUGAAAAACCAUUCGCUAAUUUUAAAAUUAGUUUUUCUCAGAUUUUGAACUCAAAGCGAUUACCUCAUUCUUCUCCGUUCUCCAUCAUCUCCACUUCAAAUACAUCAAUCAAUUGUUGCGAAACGACGACGGUUUGAGGAGAGAGAAAGAGAGAGUGGAGAAGAAGAAGAAGAAAAGACGACGACAUUCUAUGAUAGAAGGAUGAAUGUGAUAGCAGUAGCAGGGGAUGAGCUACAGUGACAGUGAUUUAAAUGCAGCUCAACAUUUUUCUGAGAGUGAAAGGAUUGUUUAAUACUGCAGUAAACAGUUGCAGAUGGAGAACAGCAUGAAAAAGAGGCGUCCUCGGUCCCGCUUCACACCUGAAGAAGCCGGAGAAUCAUCGGUGGAGUGCACUGGGAAGCAAUGCAGAUCAUGUGCUGCUGCCUUGGUUGCCGACUGUGUUGCUGUGUGUUGCUGCCCUCUCGCGCUUGUCAGUCUGUUAGCUCUUGCCUUUGUCAAAGUACCUUAUUUAGUAGGGAAAAGGUGUCUGAGGAAAAGAAACAACAGAAAGAGAAAAUGCAAGCAAAUCUGUGAAGCUAGUAGUAGUGGUAGUAGUAGUAGUAGUAGUAGUAUUGAUAUCAACAUCAACAGUCGCGACAUCAAUCUCAUUUCCGGGCAGAGUAAAUCAGACAUUAUCUUUGAAUUCGCCAAAGAGGGUGACAAUAAUCAUGAGUUUUUGGAAGAAAGGAGAAGCUUUUGUGCUGCAUUUGAAGCUGAUAAAGUUUUAUUUGAAUUAUACCAACUUGGUCAUCUGGGUUUUGGUAGGGUUUCUUUUACUGGAAUUCAACCUUUUGCUAAAGAACAUCAAGGGUAAAUUCUAGUUACAGUUUUAGUUGUUUAAACAAGUACAGAAAACUCUGUUUUUUCCCCUGAGAAGUGAAAAGAAUUCAGGUAUUUUUCACCUUAGGGAAAAAUAACUAAGAGUUUUAAUUGUGAAAUUGACUUUUGUUGUGAGAUUUGGACCAAUCAGUAAGAUUUUUUUAGGUAAUAUUGUGCAGUGGUUGGUUCUUUUGGUAAGUAUUGUAGUGUCUAUAAUUGUAAUUGUUAUGAUCAUAUUGUUGAUCAUAUUUUUAUAUGUUGUCAAAAGAUAUGCAAUUUCCUAA